AUGUCUGUCGACCAAGACUUCAAGUCCAAAACGCAACCCGGUCAGGUUCGUUUUUCGUCGGUAACGGAGGAAAUUGAGCCGUCGGAUCCGUCGGCUUCUGUUCAACUCUCUGAAAACUACCCUGCUGAGGAUCAAAAACAGCAGGUGGACCAAAUACGGUCGCUGGCCGCAAGUCUGCAGAGGUCCCAAUUACAGGAGUCUCGACUGGGGAAAUUUUCAUAUGAGCCGGUGUCUCUUCCUUCUUCGAGGGUUACAUCCCGAGAGUCGAGUGAUCGCAGCACACGAGGAGCUAAUGGAUCUGGUUUGCCGUCUCCCCAUGCCUCCCCACUGGUGUCUACGAUACAAUCACCGCCUCUUACACCUGCGGCUACCAAUUCGCAUGAAUCCAAAACUAAUGACACUUCGUCUGUGUCGAUUACGACAGACAGGGGAACCGCCGCACACUCAGUGGUGAUGACUCCGGAAACUUCCCCGCCCACCUCGUCCACGAAGAGCAAAGUCCCACAGAGCGCGCCGACGUCGCGGCCCUCUUCUACCGAACAACUGUCUUCUAAGCAAGGCAAUGUCUCGCAAACAUCUUCCCACCCAUUGAACGGAGCAAAGCACCGGGCACAGUUCUUUAUCGGUCCCGAUGCAAGCUCCCAGGAAGAAAGCCCCCCAACCACCCCGAGAGACAUUGAAAACUUUACCCCACCAGGCGCCAUUACGCCCGUUGGGGAGCCCAACGAUCCAUAUGCUCGCAGCAAGCGACCGCCACAGCCCAAAAAUCUCUCGCAACUUGACCAACGAUUCAUCUUCGGGGGCCGUGAUCUCAAACGACGAGCACACACUUCGACUACCUUCCGCUCCGGGACACCUCGGUCGGCCAGCUUCAGUGACCUCAAAGCAAGCGACAAGCGUAGUGGAAUUUUUAGCAGCAAGAAAGACUUGCGGCAGCAGGAAUCAGAAGGCAAGCAUCAUGGCCAUAUGGCGGAGCUGAAGCGGUUCUUUAAAAUGGGUCACAACAAACACAAGCGUGGGGAUUCCCCGGCGAAAAAAUCAAGCCGCGGUUCUGGAAAGAGCACACCAUAUCAGAUGGCCCCCGACAAUAUUCCGUUCGCCGACGACCAUGGCCUCAAUUCCAAGUACGGGAAACUAGGGAAGGUCCUCGGCUCUGGGGCUGGAGGUUCCGUCCGGCUCCUAAAACGGAACAGCGAUGGCGUGACGUUCGCCGUGAAGCAAUUUAGAGAGCGCCAUUCUUGGGAGACGGUGAAGGAAUAUUCGAAAAAGGUGACAGCCGAAUUCUGUAUUGGAUCCACCCUUCACCACGGCAACAUCAUCGAGACGCUGGAUAUCAUUCAAGAGGGAAGCCAUUGGUACGAAGUCAUGGAAUAUGCCCCAUUUGAUCUGUUCGCCAUUGUCAUGACUGGGAAGAUGGUGAAGGACGAAGUGGCUUGCGCAUUCAAACAGAUCCUUAGCGGAGUGGCAUAUUUACAUGGCAUGGGCCUGGCCCACCGCGAUUUAAAGCUUGAUAAUGUGGUUGUCAACGAACAUGGUAUCUUGAAGCUUAUUGAUUUUGGGAGUGCCGUGGUUUUCCGGUAUCCUUUUGAAAACGACAUUGUCCCUGCGUCGGGUAUUGUCGGCUCUGAUCCAUACCUCGCUCCUGAGGUAUACGAUGAAAAGAAAUAUGACCCGCGCCCCACGGACAUCUGGUCCUUAGCCAUCAUCUUCUGCUGCAUGACCCUGCGUCGAUUCCCUUGGAAGCAACCGCGUGUUAGCGACAACUCCUACCGGCUCUUCGUGUCCACUCCGACUCCAGGAACCCCGGUCCCAGAUGCAGACCCCAAACGCCAUCGUCCUACGCGAUCAACUCCCGACCUUCCCGCCUCUGCCCGCGAGCAUCAGCCUUCACAGUCCUCAGAGAAUAAGAGCGGAGUUUCUGAGCAGCCUAAUGGGCAGCAGGAUUCCUCAAAGAACCAAUCGAAAUCAGAACCAGCCACCCACGAAGAAAAUAACACUUCCGCGAGCCCUCAGGAGGACAAGAGCCCAAAUACCGGCUCCGAACAGAAAAACAGUGCUACUGGCAACAAACCCACACGCACCACAAGCAAAGAGGCGCCUCCACUCCCGGCGUCGGCUCAGUCGUCCGGCCAACGUCAGGAAGUCAUCAAGGGCCCCUGGCGACUCUUGCGACUUUUACCUCGUGAAAGCCGGUACAUCGUUGGUCGUAUGCUCAAGGUGAACCCAAAGGAACGCGCCACCCUCGAUGAUGUCUUGACCGAUGAAUGGGUGCGAAACAUCAAGGCCUGCCAGCAAGAAGUUUCCGGAGAAGUCAUCAAAGCACCAGGCCAUACACAUAUCUUGGAGCCUCCCUCCUCGAGUGUACCAGUGGCUAGUAAAGCCAAAUAA